AUGGCUGAAUCCAAAUCGCAACGAUAUCCGCGUGUUUGGUUUAUUACCGGAUGCAGCUCAGGCUUCGGCAAUAUUUUCGUUUCCGCCAUAUUGGCAUCGGGUGAUCGUGUAAUUGCCACAGCGCGGGAUAUCAGUACCUUGUCAGAUUUCGCUCACUGUGACAAUGUCAAAGUGUUAGAGCUAGAUAUCACGGACUCUCAAGAUUCUUUGGAUGAGAAUGUCUCCAAGGCCAUCGCUAUGUUUGGUCAUAUCGAUGUCCUUGUCAACAAUGCAGGAUACGUUCUUUACGGUGUGUUGGAAGAAUUAAGGUGCGGGAUUCUACUUUGCGUGACACUGUGGUUCCUGGGACCUUUAGUUGACUUUUGCCUUUUAUGUUAUAUCAACAGCCAAUCCCAAAUACUUAAUCAAUUCAACACCAAUUUUUUUGGUCCCCUCAAUCUGACACGCGCUGUUUUACCCCACAUGCGAUCGCGUCAAUCCGGAACCGUCAUAUUCAUGAGUAGCAUAGCUGCAUGGAAGGGCGUUGCCGUUGGUGGACCAUACAGUGCUUCCAAAUUUGCGCUUGAAGGAUUUGUUGAGAGUCUAAAGAAAGAGGUGGCGGCGUUCGGAGUAAACUUGCACCUGGCAGUACUCGGCCAAUUUAGGACUGAUAUCCUUUCCGCCCAUCGAAGACAGUCAGGGCGAGGUGCUAAUUCAAUCCGCGACUAUGAUGCCGCUGUUUAUGCUUUCAAAAACAGAUUGGAGCAAACCAACGGCAAACAGCCUGGAGACCCGACACAGGCGGUAGAGCGAAUCAUGGAUCUCGUGUAUCGCAGAGGACAUUUCGCUGGGCAGGAAGAGCUCCCUUUACGUAUUGUGCUCGGAUCAGAUGCUGUGGCGAUCGUUCGUGGAGAAUGCCAGCAAAUGCUAAAUGAUCUAAAGAAGCAAGAGGAAUACGGAAGAAGUACGGACUAUCAAGGUACAGCUGGAGUUGGAAAAUAUGAAUAG